AUGAAUGCUGAAAACUUUGGAUCUAAUCAAGAGCAUGAAAUAGAAAUUAUUGAAAUAAUGAAGAAAUUUGGGAAAUAUCAAAAGGUCCAGUAUUUUUACGCUUGUCUUGCGGCGUUUUUCAUCACAAUGAUUCACAUCAACUAUGUAUUCGUUGCUGGGGAUAUCAACUAUCGAUGCCGUGUCCCUGAUUGUGAAAACCAAUACGCAGUUUAUAACGCCACGUGGUGGCCCAACAGCACUAUUGACAGAUGCACAAGACCAAAACUAAAAGAGGACUUUGUAGUGGGACAAACUUGCACCAACGAAAGUUUCACAGAUGGUGUCGAAGAAUGCACUGAUUGGGUGUACGAAACUAACAACACCGUCAUAGCUACGCUCAAUCUCGCCUGUCAGCCGUGGAAGUCUAAUUUAAUUGGGACCUUUCACAAUGUUGGGAUUCUGUUUGCAAUGUUAAUGUCUGGUUGGCUGAUAGACAGGUUCGGCCGUAAACCGAUAUUAAUUAUCUGCUCUGUGGGAAGUUGCAUUGGAAAUCUAAAGGCUUUUACGUCAUCGUACUAUGCGUACGUGUUUAUUGAAAUGCUUGAAGCAACGAUAAAUGGUGGCACGAAUACGGCAGCCGUGGUUUUAAUGAUAGAAAUUGCCAGUAAAAACAGAAUUCUAGCUGGAGUACUUUUAGCGUACGCUACGUACAUGGGAGAAUUAACUUUCGCUUGUAUAGCAAUGUUCGUGCCUUACUGGAAGGACUUGAUCCGAAUCAUUUACAUUCCUCCUAUCAUAUUCAUUUUCUACAUAUUCCUCCUGAACGAGAGUACACGAUGGCAAAUACUAAAUGGACGGACCGAAGACGCGAAAAAUAUACUUCUACGUAUAUCGAAAGUCAAUAAUAUCAAAAUAAGCAAACAAAAAUUAGCAAAUAUAAACGAAGAAGACCUCAAGAAACAGUUCAAAAUAGAGAAUUAUGAACAUAAGGAAAGUUUUAGAGAUUUACUGAAAUCAAAAGAGAUUUUGAAACGUGUAUUAGUUGGAGCCUUCUGUAGAUUUACUGCAAACUUUAUUUAUUAUGGGUUAAUGUUGAAUUCGGUGUAUUUGCCCGGAAAUAAGUACACGAAUUUCAUGCUAUCUACAGUAAUAUCGUUCCCUGGCGAGCUAAUAUCAAUGUAUUUGAUGAACAGAAUAGGAAGAAAGCUUCCAAUGAUGUACGGUUAUUUUAUUUGUGGAUUACUCUGCGUGGCUUCUGCAUGGAUUCCUGAGGGACGCGUGUGGCUUAAAAUAUCCCUCUUUCUAUUCGGCAAGCUCCUAGUAUCCGUAUGCUUCACUGGAGUUGUCACGUACUCAAUGGAGCUGUUCCCUACCAGCGUCCGGGGUACCUUACUCGGAGUGUGCGCAGUGGCUGCCAGGACUGGGAGUAUCAUUGCACCUUUAACACCAAUUCUGAACACAGUCUUCCCCGUCCUUACAUCGAUGUUUUUCGGCGGCUUCGCCAUUAUCGCUGGAGCUCUCCUGACUCUAAUGCCUGAAACAAAAGACUUGCCGCUGAUGGAUACGGUAGAACAAAUAGAGAGAAGCACAAAACUACGAGAAAAAAGAAAAAGAUACUUAAGUACGAAAGGCGAAGAAAGUAAAUAUUUAUUUGAUGUAGCAUAA